UUUGUUUGGGUAAUAUUACAAAACGUUUAGGGCAGGCAAAGCGGGUCAAGGUAUUGUAGGCAGUCUAGUAAAUAUCUAAAAUGUAUUUUUGUGGGGGGUUAUAAUACCAUUUUGGUUCGUUCACAACACACCAUGUUAAUGUUGGGAAAACUAUGUUUUGACAGCGAUUUUUUAAAAGCUUCAUAAGGGCAUUAUGAGUUAUGACAACUCCAAAUAAUUUGAUCAAAGGUCAAUCAAUAUCCAGCUCUAAUCGAGACACUGUCAUCAUCCAAAGUCCAUUUUCAUUCACUGACCAACGCGGAAGUUGCUUUGAGGACAGAUUUUCUCGGCCUUCAAGAAGAAACGCUUGUUUUCCUGCUCUUAUAUGAAAUUACCAUACGUGUCACCAAUUUAGGCUUUGGAAUGGGACUGUUCUGAAGACAUUAACCUCCUUCUCAGUUCCUGUCCAACAUCCAGUUGUUGGAUGUUACCAUGGCGAAGGGUCUCAUGGUGACAUAUACUCUGUGGGCAGUUGGUGGAGUUCUGGGCCUGCAUCACUUGUACUUAGGAAGAGACAGCCACGCUCUAUUGUGGAUGCUUACUCUUGGUGGUUUUGGAGUUGGCUGGGCAAGAGAUUUCUUCCGUAUCCCUGCAUAUGUAAGUGAAGCCAACUCAGAGGCAGACAGAAAGAGACCUCGCGAUGCUGUUCAACCACCGGCCGGCCCUGCACGUUUCGCGGGGCAGGUUUGUGUGGGUAUCUAUUUUGGAACAGUGGCUUUGAUUAGCCUUAACUCUCUCAGCUUCUUCUAUGUGAUUGUGCUUCCUCUGUCUGUGGCUGCUGGUGUGCACCUGGUGUCCAGUGUUGGUUCACAGACCUCUGACCUGUGGAAGACACUCCCUGGCUGUGUCUUCACGUCUCUCAUCUUCUACGGCAGCAGCCUCUCCCCUUUGCCCAUCAGUGUUGUAGCUACUGUCACAGCCACACAGAACCGCAAGUUCAAACGGACACAGCCACCAGGACCUCUGUGUCCACGUCUCUUUCGUCUGAGCCUGGUCUUGCUGGCUUUCUCAGCUCCCCUGGGUUACAGCAUUUUCCACAACACCACUGCUACUCUCUACUACAUCUCAGACUGUGUGGCAUCCAUAUUGGACAUGUUCUGGUUUCUUCCGUGGCUUAGAGGUGUUUUGGAGUACUUCCUUCUGUUACCGUACAGAAUCCUGUGUAUGCUGACAGGGGGAAUAGGGUAUAGCGAGGAAGCCUGGAGGAAAGUACUGGACAUCCUGCUCCAAGAACACACUGAGCGAGAGAGACUGGCACUCAAGGUUCUGUCUAUGAAUGAGGAGGCCACUCAAGAGGAGAUCACUCUUCGAUAUAGAGAGCUGGUAAAGAUUUGGCACCCAGACCACAACCUUCACCAGCCUUUGGAGGCACAGAAGAUGUUUAUUAAGAUCCAGGAGGCCUAUGAGACCCUUUCUCACAGACGUAAGCCACGGCGAAAUGGAUGAUUUUUUAUUUAUUUUUUAAAUAAAGACACAAAACCUUACAAUGACAUAA